UUUACUUUCUCAUCCUCACUCUCGCACAUACACAUCUCGCUAUUUUUACGUUGACAUGACAACAAGUUGGUGUUGAAUUUAUUUUCUGGACCGUCUCGGAAACUUUUGAAAAUAAUAAAAACAUGAAGGAAACGAUAAAAUCCGGACUGAUUGAUUUCAUUUGCAAACAUUGCGGGGGCGAUCGGGAGGCCGUUGUGGGAACGCUGGACGAGAUAAUCCUAAACUACGUCGUUGGGGUCCUCGAAGACGUUUUGGACCUCAAAAAGCGCAACAAAACCGAGGAUUUCGACGUUCUGGAGUUUUCCGAAAUGCUCUCUGGCUAUUUUCCACUCUUUGGAAACAUUCCCAAUCACGUGGUCAUCCAGUGGGUGGAGGAGUUGGUCAAUGGGUUGAUGGGGGCCCCCAAACAACCCCGCACCCUGGAAAUGGACACCGCCUGGAUUGCAGACGACCCUCUACCAUCCACCACUACACUCUCAAAAUCCCUCUCCGAAUCUGAAGAAAUCUCCUCAAAGUUAUCCUCCAUUUUGAACCUAAAUCAGGAAGAAGAAUCAGAAUCUCAUCGACCACGAACCACGAGUCAAUCCGACGAUUCCUCAUCUCAAAUGGAAACCUUGGGCGAAAUGUUCCCAAACUAUUCUCAAUCUGAUCUCGGAAUGGUGUUGAAUCUCGUCAAUCAUGAUCUCCAGAGGGCUGUGCAAAUCCUGCUUCUUGACAAUGGGGAGCAGGAGAUCGUCAAGGGGUUGGUCAAACCGGGGGGUCAAGCGAAGAAAUCCAGUCCCGGUGGUGAGGAUAAAAUUGACGACAAGAAAGGACUCAAGGAGAGGUUGAUGGCGAGAUACGGCUUCAUCGACAAAUCCGAGGACGGUCGAGAGUUCCGGCCAAUUUUACCAAAAGCGGAGCCUAAAAAACUCGUUCGAUAUCGUGGCGGUCAGAUCGUGUCGACGAAAGGGGAGAGAUUCACGGAGGUGGCGGUGACUCACACGGGGGAAGAGGUUAAAUUAAGGAGCUAUCCUACAAGGGCGCAGAGACAGGCAAUCGCGGAAGGACAUGGGAGGUUUUUCAGUAAUUGACGAAUGGGGUGCGAGUUGAAGAGGAGUUGUUGUUUGUUAAAUUGUAUAAAUUAUCGGAUAAUAAAAUUAGUCGGUUGUUUAGUAAAAGG